AUGCACCCAAACGCAUUCAAUCCAAAAUUGACGUUCCUUCGAGCAGAAAUUUUUGUGGAUGCCACCCAAAAACGCUCUCCUCAUUUGGUACCAUACGAAGAAGUUGACAACAGAAUAAAGGAGGCGAAUAAGGAGUCAGCCGCUGAAAACCUUCGAGCACUUCAGCUAUUCGGCAUCUUCAUUGAGCCGCCUGCACACGAACACGACGAAUAUGCUGAAAAGGAGAUGCGUGCCCGCAAGGACCUCGUGAGGACGUACCGCGCUGAAGCAACAUAUGCGGUGUCCAGUGGCAAAUGGUACUUCGAGUUUGAAAUCUUGACAGCUGGCUUUAUGAAAAUCGGCUGGAUGGAUGUCGGAGCCUCACCAGAGAUACAACUUGGCCACGAUGAUCGAGGAUAUGCAUUCGACGGUUACCUCGGCCGAAAAUGGCAUCAAGGCGCAGAAAGUUACGGCAAGGAAUGGAAGAUUGGUGAUGUUGUCGGUUGCUUCUUGGAUCUCAACGACCGGACUAUCAGCUUCUCACUCAACGGAGAACUGCUUCUGGACCCAUCCGGUUCCGAGAUGGCAUUCGAUAACGUACUUUGUGGCGACGGUCUUGUUCCAGCGAUGUCGUUAGGAAGUGGUCAAAGAGGUCGACUGAACUUCGGUCAGCAGAGUAACUCGCUGAAGUUCUUCACGAGCUGCGGUCUCCAGGAGGGUUACGAGCCGUUUUGUGUAAAUAUGUACCGAAUGAUGCCGAUGUGGUUUGCCAAGCAGCUACCUCGAUUCGAAGACAUCAGCAGUGGAUCACUGCUGGAAAUUUCUCGUAUACCGGCUACCGGAAACAGCCCACCAUGUAUGAAUGUUGUCUUCAGGCGACGAUCACCGAAAGCGGGCCAUCCG